AUGGAGAACCUGGACCUGGAGCGCCAGCUGCUGCUGGACCCGCCGCACCAGUACCUGGGGGCGGCCGGCGCCGCCGGCGGCGGCGGGGGCGGCGGCGGGGGCAGCAGCGGCGCCAGCACGCACAGCAGCGACCUGUUCCUGUACGACGACACCAGCAGCUCGGCGUCCAGCUACUCGUGCCCCAGCGACCAGGAGAACAGCGGGGGCGGGGCUGAGGACGCGGGGGGUGGCGGCGGGGCCGCCCCCGCGCCGUGCCGCCUCCGGCACCGCCACCGCCGCCGCGGCAGGUGCCCGCAGCAGCAGGUGCAGCAGAGACAGGCCGCCAACCUGCGCGAGAGGAAGAGGAUGCAGAGCAUCAACGACGCCUUCGAAGGUCUGCGCGCGCACAUCCCGACGCUGCCGUACGAGAAGCGACUGUCCAAGGUGGACACCUUGAAGCUCGCCAUCGGCUACAUCAACUUCCUGAGCGACCUGGUGGCGUCGGACCGCGGCUCGGGGGCGGCUGGUGGCGGCGGCGGCGGCGGCGGCGGGGGCGGCGCCAGCCAGCAGCCCCGGCGCGAGGAGCCCAAGAAGAUCAUCAUCAGAGGUGGGUUCGGCUCGCCCUUCACCGCGCACUCGCUGUCGUGGUCCAGCAACAAGGAGAACGGCUGCAGCGGCGUCAUGUUCGCCAAGGUGUGGACGCCAGAGGACCCGCGAGGCACCAAGGCAGCGGUCAACGGCGCGCACCCCUGCGCGCUAGCCUCCCACCACUGA